CUGUUACUGGGAUCUUGCUUACGGUCCUUGCGAUGAAAAGUGAUAUCCGAGAAAAAUGUACGGAGUAUAAAAGUUCAUCUCUGGCCGUCUCGUGCUUUGGGCCGCCCACUCAUUCGUACAAACGAUCCAAGCCAUGCGUCUUCGUGCAGCCACGUUUUGCGCGAGCCUCAUCGCAGCCCACGCGGCGGCAACGCCAGCAGCCGAAGGCGAUGCUGCAGCAGUGCGAGAGUACAACGGCUCAUGCGCGCACCCCGUGGUGCGUAAGGAAUGGCGAACACUGUCCACUCCGGAGAAGCACAAUUACAUCGACGCCGUGCUGUGUCUCGCCACCAAGCCCUCCGAGAUUGGACUGGGGACCACGCGAUACGACGACUUUGCCUACUCGCACAUGAUCAAUGAAAAGCAGAUCCACUUUGUGUCCAACUUCCUGCCGUGGCACCGCUACUUUGUCCACGUCUACGAGAAGGCACUCCAGGACUGCGGCUACACCGGGUCGGCUGUGUACUGGGACUGGACCCUCGACUCGGACGAGCCUCGCGAUUCGCCCGUUUGGGACAUUGAAACUGGAUUCGGCGGCGAUGGCACGGGAGGCGACCCUUCAUGCAUCGUAGACGGCCCGUUUGCUGGGUUCCAGGUCGCGUAUCGCGCCAGUGGCUACGCGCCACACUGCCUGUCCCGCCAGUUCAACGGCAGUGGGACCAGUAUGCUCAAGCACGCAUACACACCAGCCGUGAUCGAGGAAAUUUUCGGCAUCCCUGGGUAUGACGCCUUCAGACAGCGGUUGGAGGGCUAUCCUCACGGAGCCAUACACAGCGCCAUUGGUGGCGACAUGGUGCCGGCUCACUCGCCCAACGACCCAAUCUUCUUCCUGCAUCAUGGUCAGGUCGACCGCAUCUGGACGCUCUGGCAGCAGGAGAACCCCGAAAAUCGGACCUUUGAUUACAGCGGUGUGAGGAGACAGACGUUCCCAGGCGGGCCCCAGCCAGGCGAGGCAAGCCUUGAUGACCUACUUGAGAUGCAAGGGAUGGCCACGGACUUACCGGUGCGCGACUUGAUGUCUACGACAAGUGGCCAGCUGUGCUACACGUACUGAAAGCCAAUGACACACUAUGGUGGUGUUGCGAUGUAUUACAAGGCGGCCUAUAAGUCUAGCGCGUAGCCUGGAAAGACAGAUUCAUCCAAUGGCCUCUCCCAGACCGGCUCUUCCCACGUUAUCCCCUUCUCCACCAGCUUGUCAAUGUCGAUGCCUUUGAAUAGCUCA